ACGGUACAGCUGAAAACCGGAAAUGGAUACAGAGAUAAAGUGUGGGAUUGGUCGGUUUAAACCAAUUUUUUUACAAUGUUGUGCAACUAUGAAAAUCUUUACUGUGUUUUAUUCAAUAUCAGCAUUAAUGACAUCCACGUUAUCUGUAUAUAUAGCAUCACAAAUAACAACUAUAGAAAAACAGUUUGGAUUCACUAGUACCCAAAGUGGCAUAUUAAUGAGUUGUAAUGAUAUUGGUUACUUGGCUGUGACUCUUUUUGUCAGCUACUUUGCUGAUAAAGUGCAUGGCCCUCGCGUUCUAUCAUUUUCAACAUUAUUGUUUGGUGCAGCCGGAAUAAUUUGUGCAAUUCCCUACUUUGUUUCACCAAUGUAUUCAAAAUCAUUUUUGCCGAAAACUUCAAAUGUGAGUCGAGGUGGAGAUUUCUUUGCAAAGAUAAUAUCAUCAGGACAGCUAUGUGAAGCGUCAUCAUCUUUCGACCAGUCAAAUUCCAAUAUGAGCUGCAGUUCAAAUUCAAAAACGCAUACGUCGGUAGGCGUUUCUAACGAGUUUACACCUGUUGCCAUGGCAAUUAUUGCCGUAGGAAUGAUUCUUCAAGGAAUUGGCAAGUCUCCAAGACAAGCUUUUAUUACUACGUAUAUCGACAACAAUGUUAAAAAAACACAAACAGCUGUUUACAUAGGUAGUGUGAUGGCAGUAGCUAUAUUCGGACCAGCCCUUGGUUUUGGACUCGGUGGUCUGUUUAGUCAAAUGUAUGUAACUUUAGAAGAUGUUAAUAUCUCGCCAAGAGAUCCAAGAUGGAUCGGCGCCUGGUGGAUUGGAUUUUUAACAUUCGGAUUAGGAAGUAUAUUAACUGGACUUCCUGUCAUGUGCUUUCCAAAAAGAUUCCAUGUGAAACAAAGCAUAGUGGACACAAAAGUAGUGAAGAAGAAAAGAAAAACGAGAAUGUUAGAAGAUUUUUUUAAAGACAUUUAUGGAUUGCUCCGUAACAAACUUUAUGUUUUGAUAAUUUUGGGUCGAUGUUUGAUCCUUAUUAUAGUUAGCGGGAGUGUUGCAUUUGGACCAAAAUACAUCGAGACUCAAUUUACUGAGCCAGCUUGGAAGUCUAACUUAGUAAUAGGUGUUACUCGCAUCAUUGCGGUAUCUGUUGGAACUUUUGUUGGUGGAUAUCUCACGUCUAAAAAAAGGAUAACACCGCUAGGAUGUGGCAGAUUAAUUGUUAUUAUGUCAUUUCUUACCAUUGUACACUACGUGAUACUAAUGUUUAUAGGAUGUUCGACUCCAAAAAUUAUUGGAUACGACAGAAAUUUAAGUAAUUCAUCGGAAAUAUGUUCAAGUAGCUGCAACUGUAACUCUGAGGGCUACUUUCCUGUUUGUGGUUCGGAUAAUAACAACUACUUUUCACCUUGCCAUGCCGGUUGUUCAAGUAUAUCAACAUCACAGGGAUUUACUAACUGUACAUGUAUUGGUCAAUCAGCGACAGCUCAACCUGGUUUAUGUUCCACUGAUUGUAAAAUGUUGGUUCCAUAUCUGGUCGUAACCUGUGUGUUUAGUUUGAUCGAAUCAUUGGUUAUAAUGCCAAGUUUCAUAUUCAUGAUAAGAGCAGUUAAAGAAAAUCAGAGAGGAAUAGCUAUAGCUUUUUCGGCAUUCAUCACAACUUUAUUAGGUUGGUUCCUAGGACCUGUAAUUUUUGGAGAAAUUAUUGACAUGUGUUGCAAAAUAUGGAGCUCUCGCUGUGGAGUAAAGGGAUCAUGCGCGUUGUACAACAAUGUGAACUUCCGGUAUGCUGUUUAUGGGUUCAGCCUCAUAAUGAGAUGCAUUGUUACAAUAAUAAACAUCAUAGCUUACUUAAUUGCACGAAAGAAAACAGAUUGGAGCACUGGAGAAAAAGGACGUGAAAGUAAAGUCGAUCUGCCUGAAAAACAAAGUUUUAUCUUAGAUGAAGGAGAUACGAAUGGAAACAAAAGUUACAUCAAGACAAUUGUAGAAAAUAAGACCAUUAAAGAAUCAAAACUUUUAAGUUAAUGUUUUUACAGUACAAUGUCCCCUUCUAGCUCAUGUCGACGUUUCAUUAGUUUUCGACAUUUGAUGAGACCAACUCAGCAAUAAUAGAUGGCGUUGAUAAAUCACACUUGAGUGAGUAUUCGAAGACAUUCAAGUUCACCAAACAAACGUGGUUGCAGCUCGUUAUAUAUCGUACA